AUGGUCGUCUUAUCACAAGAACAACCGGACCUAUUGGUUUGGACAGCACUUUUCCAAACACCAAACCAAGUCCACUUUGCCCCAUUCUUUCGAAAGAGAACUUUUGUCCCAGACAAGCAUGAUCUUCAAUCUUGCGGGAACAUUUUAGGCUACGCUGGCAAAUGCGUUCUAAACAAGUUGUGUUCCAAGGUGGAGAAGAUUGUUGUGACAAGCACCCUCAGCAACCUACAACGCAUGUUCCAUUCUCACCAAGCUCAAGAUAAAGGCUGCCAAGGCCAAACGGAAGCAGAAAGAAUUUGCGCUCAAGAAUUGCCGACAACUGCUUCAUAA